UUUUUAGGCCAAGGAGUUGGGACGUUUACCGACUCUUAUGGAACUUUUCGAUCGGACCCACAAGAACAAGGCGGGCGCAUUUGUAGAUGAGAGGUCUGAGAAGAUCUACAAUGAUGUGGCAGCUCGUAUUGACGAGCGUGAGACCCAGCUGGCGCAGGAGUCCGCCGACGGAUCACCCGUCGUCUUAUCCACAAUAGAAGUGGAUAGAAUUUACGAGGAGGUCGCUCCCAAGAAAAAGGGACGUGUGUUGGGGAUUGGUUCCGUCAACGAUGUUCCGAGAGCGACUUCCUCUUAUGGCCAGAGACGGGAUGAUGAAGUCUCUCAGCUGCGCGACGUGUUGGAGACGACACAACAUCAGCUGUCGUCGACACAAAACGAGUUGGCCUCGACAAAAUCGUCGUUCACAGCUCGUAUGACUGGUCUCGAGAACUUCUUGGACGUCAUAGCGGCCACAAAUCCGGAAUGGGAGGCCAUGUUCAGGACCAUGAGACAACAAAACCCCAUUCCAGGCGAGACAUCCGUGCAAGUCAACGAGGAAGAUCUCUCGAGAAGGAGCGAGGAAUUCUACGACGCGGCAAUGCAGCAUUAGUUUUUUUUUUGUUAUUGUAUUUUAAAAUUCAAAACUUAUUUAUAUAUUAUAUAAUUUCAUUUUAAUUCGGCCAAAAAAAAAUUUUCUAUUCG